UGUCUGCCUGUCCGUCGACCGAGCGAGCCCCGUGUUCCGUCCCUCUCCGCUCCGCUCCGCCGCGCGCGUCCCCGUCCAGUCAGUUGUCAAACAGACCAUGCUCACACCAACACGCUGACCACGCUCCCGUCCCGAUCAAUGGCGCUUCACAGCCCCGUCUCCGUGUGUGACUAUUCCGAACUUCGCGCUGUGAAAUGUAGUUCUGACUCAACUCCACCAAUGUCGCCCGAAAAGAAGACGUACGUCCCUCCCUCGUCCGAGACCAUCCAGACCAAGCCGUUCCCCGUCAGAGGAGAGCGAGUGGUCCGCUGCCCGCGCACCGAGAGCUUACCCGCCAUCUGUCCGUGCCCCUGCCCCAAAGGGGAACGAGCCAACUAUGUCAACAGUCCUCAUGUCAUUGCCAUGGUGGGCCUCCCUGCCAGAGGCAAGACCUACAUUUCCAAGAAGCUCUCUCGUUACUUGAAUUGGAUUGGUAUCAAUACUAAAGUAUUCAACCUGGGAGAGUAUAGACGGCAUGCAACAACUGCCUACAAAAGCCAUGACUUUUUCAGACCUGACAACAAGGAAGCAAUGGCCAUUCGAACACAAUGUGCUAUUGAUGCUCUUCAAGAUGUGGGCUCGUGGCUUGAAGGAGGAGGUGAAGUUGCUGUCUUUGAUGCAACUAACUCUACCGAAGAUCGACGCCGAAUGAUUCAUGAGAUUAUUGUAAAGAAAAUGGGGUACAAGUUGUUUUUUGUAGAGUCCGUUUGUGAUGAUCCUAAGAUCAUCGAGCAGAACAUCAUGGAGGUGAAAUUCAACAGUCCAGAUUACAAUAAUAGAUUGGAAGAUUACGGUGAACCUACAUCAGGCGGGGAAGAAGUGAAGGUCAAUAGCCCUGAUUAUAAAAACAUGAACAUGGACAUGGAUUCUGUUCUAAAGGACUUCUUAAUGCGCAUUGAACAUUAUCAAGAACGUUAUGAACCUUUGGAAGAGAAUAGAGAAAAAGACCUGUCUUUCAUGAAAAUUUACAACACAGGGGAGAAAGUAGUUGUUCACAAACAUGAAGGCCACAUUCAAAGCAGAAUUGUCUACUACCUCAUGAACAUCCACAUAGUGCCUAGGACCAUCUACUUGACGCGGCAUGGUGAAAGUGAGGAAAACCUUAGGGGACGAAUUGGGGGAGACUCUGACCUCUCAUCCCGUGGCCAACAGUAUGCAGAAGCACUCUCCCGCUUCAUUCAACAACAGAACAUACCAAACUUACGAGUUUGGACUUCAUGGCUUAAAAGGACAAUUCAAACUGUUGCUACCAUUCCAGCACCCCAAGAACGCUGGAAAGCUUUGAAUGAAAUUGAUGCUGGUAUAUGUGAAGAAAUGACCUAUGAGGAGAUUGCUGAGAAGUACCCAGAGGAUUUCACUGCUCGUGAUGAAGCAAAAUUCACCUACCGCUAUCCUAGAGGAGAAUCGUAUGAAGAUCUCGUUGCCCGCUUGGAGCCUGUUAUUAUGGAACUGGAACGCCAAGGCAAUGUUCUUGUUGUAAGCCACCAGGCAGUCAUGCGAUGUCUUCUUGCCUACUUCUUGGAUAAAUCAGCAGAUGAGUUACCCUACUUGAACGUCCCAUUACAUACUGUGAUAAAGUUGACACCUGUUGCAUAUGGUUGCAAAGUGGAAUAUAUCAAAUUGCCCAUCGAAGCAGUAGAUACACAUCGAGCCAAGCCCAAGGUCCCUGGGUAUCUGGAGGAUCGUUUCAAGCGAGAAAAGCUUCAGGGCUCGGAAAAGUGCUGAUACUGGCGAAGUUUGUGGUAUGCAUGGUACAUCUUUCACCUCUUCUCCGGACGCGGUGAUUUCUGUCCAAUUUGAAUCCAUGUAUGCCACUUGACACAUCAACAGAUGCUGACUCUUAUCAAACCCUGAAAAGUUUAAAUGUUUGUACAAAGUAUUGCCGCUUGUAUAAGAUCUAAUUAAUAAGAAUGAAACGAAGAGCUGGCUCCAUCAUUGCAGAAACACUCCAGGCUUAGGUCUAUUAUUUGGUCUGACAUCAGCCCUCACAAAUUUCCUUUUUUGUUUGUUUUUGAUGUAACGAGCUGCUGCUAUCUUUAGCUUUCAAUUUAACAAUUGAAAAGCAAAGUUCAACAUUUCAUUUUCAUUUAUGUAAUAUUGUUGACAUCAAUGUUUUUCCUUUGAAGCUUAAAAUAUUGGUCUGUAUCCCGUCCAGGCAUACCUUUUGACUCCAUUUAAAGCCAGCUUGUUACCAAUGCAAUGUGCUACAAUUGGACAGCCUGGAUGAUUUACACAUUUUCAAGAACUGAGAGAGAUGGUCUGAGGCUAAUGGAGUGUGCAAUGACCAAAGUGCUUAUGGUUUUUUUUUUGUUGGAAAAUGGUUAUUGUUAUGACAAUGCAAUGUACAUAUAUAAUUAUUUUGGGGAAGCAUAUCUUAAGUCUAUUUUAAUUAACUGACAUUCAAAGUACACAAUAUUGUCAUUUUAAAAAAAUCUCCCUAUUGUUUCAAGCAUUUUGCUGUAUUGUUUAUAUUUAAGUUAUACGUGUAGAUAUGUCUUAGCUAUUUUAAGUAAAACUUUACUACAUAAAUAUUUAUGUGUGUAUGUAUGCCUGUGUAUGUGUGUUUGUAUUGUCUUGGGAGUGCACACUUGAGAGUGUGGUGAGUUUAUGUGACCCUGUACAUAAACUUUUAUUUUGUCAUGCCAGAUUAAAUUUUUUUUGUCAUUCCUUGAUCACCCUUAAAACUUAAUCUCAAGACUUUAGUCCAUAUUCCGCCAAUAAGUCUGAGGACAAACUUGAUGCGUCUCUUUAAUCUGUUCAUAUAAUCCUCCCAUUAUUCAUUAAGCUGUGUCAUAUGAUUGUAUAAUUGUUUUCCAUAUGAGGAAUCUUGUUAGAAGUGUGAUCAUGUCUUUCCAACCAAACUUUGUCUAUAAUUUCAGCACUUUUUGUGUUGUCAUUAUGUUUUUAAUGAGGGAUGAAGAGUACAGUCUCAGUCUGCUACCCCUAACGUCAAUCCCUUAAUGUAUAGUUCUUUUUAUGGAAUAAACAAACUUCCAAAGUUUU